CUAGCGCUUUAGCAAAGUCUCUCUCAUUUCCUCUCUCUCAAUGUCAACUUCAUAAACAUCUUCGCAGCCUGCUCUUCUUUCUUCUUCUUGGGUUCCAUUCUUUAUCAGAUUGAAGACGCGAGGGAGAGAGGAAAAGAAAAGCCACAGAAAUGACAGCGAUGGAUAUGACGAUGGUCUUGUCUGGAGAUGAUCAAAAGAAUGUUGUUCCGCCGUGGUUGAGGCCGAUCGCGAGCAUCAAGCUCUAUGACUUGUGCAAGAAUCAUUCCUCCAGAGAGUGCAAUUUCUACUGUAGAGUCUGCAUGGUCGCUCUGUGCAAAGAGUGCAAGAAGCAACAUGAUCUUUCCGAGCACGAGAUCAUAAAGGCAUAUAAAGUUGCCAAAGUGGCAUCCUUCAGAAUGGAGGAUUUGGAGCCGUUUUGGGAUAUUUUCGAUAUUUGUCCGUACAAUCAAAAUGGGUGGCUUGUUGCGGUCAUAUAUAAAAAGGGAGAUGGGAUCACUCGCUCUCGUGACCAGACCGAUGCUGCGGAGUGCGAAUCAUGCCACUACCGGCUCAAGUCGUCGGGCUCCAAAUACUGCUCCGUGGAGUGCAAGGUCGAAGCCGUGAUGAAGAUCAAUGAAAGUGGAAAUAUGAAGAACGAAGCGAAGAGAACGGUAGAGACCAUACCAGAGGGGAGUGCUAGCAAUGUCCAGUCAUUCAGGAAACGACCAAGAAAGCAGACAAGCCCGCAGAGAGCUCCAUUUUAUUAGCCGAAGAUUGGUUAUUGGCAAACUUGGUGAAAAUCGGGGUGGGCUACUUUGUUUUGGUACAUGAUGGCUAAUUUUACCUUUAGUUGUUUUGGUGCAUUCUCGAUGGAGCUCAGUGGAACUUUAGUUUUUCUGUUUUUGGUAUUGGAUCCACCACGAAUGUAGGGAAAUAAGCUCCAUUUUGCUUGACUCUGCUAUGAAGUAUAUCGAUGCAACAAUAAUCUCUCGUUC